UUCUUGUACAUUGUUGUGUUCUUAUAAUUUUCAUCACAUGCAGGAAGAAAAGGUGUUAAAGGAGCACAGCCUGGUCCCGUACUAACUUGGAUACAAAGAGUUAAAAUUGCUGUAGGGGCAGCCAAAGGGCUUGAGUACUUGCAUGAGAGGGCUGAUCCUCACAUUAUCCAUCGGGACAUCAAGUCAAGUAAUGUACUCAUCUUUGACGAUGAUGUUGCUAAAAUUGCAGAUUUUGAUUUGUCAAAUCAGGCUCCUGACAUGGCAGCACGACUCCAUUCCACUCGGGUCCUUGGAACCUUUGGAUAUCAUGCACCAGAAUAUGCAAUGACUGGUCAAUUGAAUGCAAAAAGUGAUGUAUACAGUUUUGGUGUCGUCCUCCUGGAACUCUUGACGGGAAGGAAGCCUGUUGAUCAUACAUUACCACGGGGGCAACAGAGCUUGGUUACUUGGGCUACUCCAAGACUCAGUGAGGAUAAAGUUAGACAGUGUGUAGAUGCAAGACUAGGAGGAGAUUACCCUCCCAAAGCUGUUGCUAAGAUGGCUGCUGUUGCUGCCCCUUGUGGUGCAAUAUGAAGUGAUAUUAGACCAAACAUGAGUAUUGUUGUCAAAGCUCUUCAACCUUUGUUGAACGCAGACAUGGCCUGCUGGUGAAGCUUCAAACUAAUCUCUCUGACUAUAUUUCUGUCUAUUUGUAUCAAUUGGUCAUGGCCAAUAGUGUGCACGGGAGAUGUAAGAAAGUGACUGCUUCAGAAGCCAAUGGAGAAGAUUACUGAACAUGUUUAUAUAUCCCAUGUUUAUGCAGCAUCAUUUGUUCAUAAUUCAUUGAUACUGAGAUUUACUUCUUUUAUU